GACGUCGUCAUUAUGCGCGGGGUUUUCCGGCACUUCCUUCCCUUCUAGAAGGAGCGUGGUGAAGAUGGCGGCGCAGAAGUCGGUGCCGAGUGAUCUAUACAAAUGCGUUUAUUCAUUUCUGAUCGAUAACAAAUUCACCAAGGCGGCGCAGCAGUUUCUGAAACAGACGAAAGUGACUCCACAAGAUGAAAAUGAAGAAAAUCUCGUCAACAUCUACAACUUCUGGGUCAAGUCUCCUGAGGCCAAGAAACGAAAAGCACCUCCUAAUAAGGCUGGAGGUACCAACGGUCCAUCGGCCAAGAAAGCAAAAACCUGCAAAGAGAGCUCCAGCAGCGAAGAGUCGAGCAGUGAAGAUGAAGAAGCUGGCGCAAAACCAACUAAGGUGGCCCCAGCAGCAGCCAAGUUGGUGCCUGCUAAAGCAGCAGCAGCAGCUACUAAAGCUGCAUCCAGCAGCAGUGAAGACUCCAGUGACUCUGAGGAGGAGGAAAAGGCUCCUACAAAGCCUCCUGUGAAGCCAGUUGCCGCUGCUCCUGCUGCAGGCAGCACAAGGAAGAAAGACAGCAGCUCUAGCAGUGAAGAAUCUGACUCUGAGGAUGAACAGCCUGCUAAAGCCCCUGCACCAAAACCCAAGGCAGGUGCUGCCACAACCAAAGCAGCUGUUCCUGUCAAAGGUGUAGGUCAGAAAAAGCAGGAGAGCAGCAGUACUGAAGAUAGUUCCUCAGAUUCUGAAGAUGAAGAGCCAGCUAAGGCUCCAGUCAAACCCACCCCAGUAAAGGCUGCUGCAGCUGCAGCUGAAUCAAGCAGCGAAGACUCUUCAUCUGAAGAUGAGGCUCCUCCCAGCAAAAAACCCAAAGCCGGAGCAUACAGUGCAGUCCCACCUCCUGCUUCGAUCCAGAAAGCGCCAGCUGCACCGGCAGCCAGCAAGGCCAAGGACAGCGACUCUUCCGACAGCAGUGAUGACAGCAGUGACGAGGAAGAACAGAAGAAAGUAGCUGCGAAACCUGCACCGAAAAAGACUGCUGCUGCCAAACCUGGCGUGUCCAAACCCGCUGCAAAGAAGCAGGAGUCCAGCUCUGAGAGCUCAGAUUCAAGCUCAGAUGAAGAGGAGGCAAAGAAGCCUGCAGCCAAAGUCACCCCAGCUAAAGCAGCCCCAGUCAAACCUGCCGCAGCCAAGGCUGCACCUGCUAAAAAGGAAGACUCAGAUGAAGACUCAUCAAGUUCAGAGGAAGAGGCAGAGGUGAAGAAACCUGCGGCGAAGGCGACCCCCGCUAAGGCUGCCCCAGCUAAACCUGUUGCAGCUAAAGCCACACCUGCUAAAGAAGACUCCUCAGAGGAAGAUUCCAGUUCAGAGGAGGAGACGGUGGCAAAGAAGCCCACAGCUAAACCUGCACCUGCCAAGCCUACCCCAGCUAAAAAAGAUGAGUCCUCAAGCUCAGAUUCAGAUAGCAGCUCUGAAGAUGAGGCUCCAGCAAAACCUGCCACUAAAACUGCGGCCCCAGCGACACCUGCCGCUGCUACCAAGCGCCCAGCCAAGAAAGCUGAGAGCAGCUCUGAUUCAGAGGACUCCUCUGAGGAUGAGGAAGAGCCAGUGAAAGACAAGCCAGCAGCCAAACCAGCCACCCUGGCCUCAAAGCCUCCAACCCCUGUUGCAAAGCCUCCUGCAGCAGCAGAGAGCAGCUCAGACUCUGACUCCUCUGAAGAUGAGGAGGAACCAGCCAAGCCUAAGCCUGCAGGAACUAAACCUGCCACCCCGGCUUCAAAGCAAACUACUCCUGCAGCUAAGCCUGCUGCUGCAGCAGAGAGCAGCUCAGACUCUGACUCCUCCUCUGAAGAUGAAAAAACCAGUCAAGGGUAAACCUGCAGCAGCUAAACCAGCUACCCGGCCUCAAAGCCUGCUACUCCUGCAGUAAAGCCUGCUGCAGCAGAGAGCAGUUCUGACUCUGACUCAUCCUCUGAGGAUGAGGACGAACCAGUGAAAUCUAAGCCAGCAGCAGCAACUAAAGCAGCUACCCCGGCCUCAAAGCCUACUACUCCAGCAGCAAAGCCUGCAGCAGCAGCAGAGAGCAGCUCCGACUCUGACAGUGACAGCUCAGACUCUGAGAAAGAGGCCACCAAACCUGCAGUCAAGAAACAAGUUCCAGUGAAAGCAGUGGCCAAGAAACCUGCUGCUGCUGCCAAACCUGGCGUGUCCAAACCCGCUGCAAAGAAGCAGGAGUCCAGCUCUGAGAGCUCAGAUUCAAGCUCAGAUGAAGAGGAGGCAAAGAAGCCUGCAGCCAAAGUCACCCCAGCUAAAGCAGCCCCAGUCAAACCUGCCGCAGCCAAGGCUGCACCUGCUAAAAAGGAAGACUCAGAUGAAGACUCAUCAAGUUCAGAGGAAGAGGCAGAGGUGAAGAAACCUGCGGCGAAGGCGACCCCCGCUAAGGCUGCCCCAGCUAAACCUAUUGCAGCUAAAGCCACACCUGCUAAAGAGGACUCCUCAGAGGAAGAUUCCAGUUCAGAGGAGGAGACGGUGGCAAAGAAGCCCACAGCUAAACCUGCACCUGCCAAGACUACCCCAGCUAAAAAAGAUGAGUCCUCAAGCUCAGAUUCAGAUAGCAGCUCUGAAGAUGAGGCUCCAGCAAAACCUGCCACUAAAACUGCGGCCCCAGCGACACCUGCCGCUGCUACCAAGCGCCCAGCCAAGAAAGCUGAGAGCAGCUCUGAUUCAGAGGACUCCUCUGAGGAUGAGGAAGAGCCAGUGAAAGACAAGCCAGCAGCCAAACCAGCCACCCUGGCCUCAAAGCCUCCAACCCCUGUUGCAAAGCCUCCUGCAGCAGCAGAGAGCAGCUCAGACUCUGACUCCUCUGAAGAUGAGGAGGAACCAGCCAAGCCUAAGCCUGCAGGAACUAAACCUGCCACCCCGGCUUCAAAGCAAACUACUCCUGCAGCUAAGCCUGCUGCUGCAGCAGAGAGCAGCUCAGACUCUGACUCCUCCUCUGAAGAUGAAAAACCAGUCAAGGGUAAACCUGCAGCAGCUAAACCAGCUACCCCGGCCUCAAAGCCUGCUACUCCUGCAGUAAAGCCUGCUGCAGCAGAGAGCAGUUCUGACUCUGACUCAUCCUCUGAGGAUGAGGACGAACCAGUGAAAUCUAAGCCAGCAGCAGCAACUAAAGCAGCUACCCCGGCCUCAAAGCCUACUACUCCAGCAGCAAAGCCUGCAGCAGCAGCAGAGAGCAGCUCCGACUCUGACAGUGACAGCUCAGACUCUGAGAAAGAGGCCACCAAACCUGCAGUCAAGAAACAAGUUCCAGUGAAAGCAGUGGCCAAGAAACCUGCUGCUGCUGCUGCUGCUGCUAAGGCUCCUGCAGACUCCACUGAUGACAGCUCCAGUGAUGAGGAGGAACCCAAGAAGGCAGCGCCAGCACCCAAGCCUGCAGCCACAAAGCCAGCUGCUGCUCCAACAAAGAAAGCUGAGGAGAGCAGCUCUGACUCCUCAGAUAGCUCUGAUUCCGAGACAGAGACCAAGUCCACCCCUGCUAAGCCUGCGGUCACCAACGGCAAGGCAGCAACACCCAAGAGAGCCAGUGCAGCAGGUAAGGCCCCAGCAAAGCCAAAGGAGUCUUCAUCCAGUGACAGCAGCUCUGAGGAGGAGGAAGAGGCCAGUAAAAGUACAAAAGUGAAAGUACAAAAACCUGCUACACCUGCUGCAGCAGCAAAGACAACUCCUACAGCUAAACCUAAGGAGAGCAGUAGUAGCUCCUCAGACAGUUCAUCAGAUGAGGAGGAAGCACCGCGCAAAGCGGCCACUGCACCCAACACCCCUGCAACAAAUGGCACCAGUGGAAAGAGAAAAAGAGAUGAAGAAUCAUCAGAAAGUGAAGAGGAAAAGACAGAGGUCACGACACCAAAAAACAAGAAAGCAACAACCACACCCCAGACUUUCCCUAAAGCCAAUAAGAAGUCUUCCAACAUACCUUUCCGUAGAAUAAGGGAGGAAGAAGUAGCUGUAGAUCCGCGUCUUGCGGACAACUCUUUCGAUGCAAAGUCCGGCGCCAAAGGGGACUGGGGCGAGAAAGCGAACGAUGUGCUCAGGUUCACAAAAGGCAAGUCAUUCCGCCACGAAAAGACGAAGAAGAAGAGGGGGAGCUACCGCGGCGGAGCCAUCUCCACCACAGUCAACUCCAUUAAGUUUGACAGUGACUGAGCACCUUCUUUCCAUGGUCCCUCCCACCUGAACUGUACUGUACCUGUGUGGUCAGGACUAUCAGUUGUCUGCUUCCUCCCCCUGUAUCUAGUCCCUCUGUCAUCACCACCCAGCAGCAGCAGCACACUGUCAGAAGAAUGUGACCCGUAGAGCUAGGUUGGCGCUUCCGAUUAGUUAGCUGCCCUUAGUUCGUAAUGGAGACCGUUCGUUUGAUCUGCGGAAGCAGGAGAGAGAUGUACCCAGCUGUGACUUCAGUCUGUACUGGUUGACUUACAUGUGACAUUAUUUCACUUAUAGCCACUAGGUGGCUGCAGUCCACCUGUUAAUGGUAAAAAGCAAUGGUGUGUGUCGGGCCCCUGUUUUCUCUUUCUUUCCUUGUUUUUGACUUUGUUAACCUGUACUUGAUUCUCAAAUGAGAAAUCUCCUGUCAUUUUUUCGGUAACAUUAAUUUUUUUCAUUUAUCUAUGUAUGAAUGACAGCCAGCCAUCCCAUCAGAUUCUGGAUUAUGUGUUUUUAAAAAAGGCUGGCAUUAAUUUUUUUUCAAUGGAUCACAUGGAUACCUUGAAGUUUGUUUGGUCUGCUCAUUUUUAUGUGACCACGUUUAAACAUGGAGAGGGUUUGUGCUCGGGCUUUUUCUCUUAACAUCAGAUAACAACAUUUAUCGAGUAGAACUGAGUUUUAUUCAAUGUAUUUAUUAAGUUUUAUUCCAUUUCAACCUUUAGGACCGUAGAUGUUUCCCCUGCUAUUCUCAAGCCAUUUUGCUUGGAAACUAUUGUUUCUUCUGAUGUUGGGAUGCCCCCCUCAACCCCUACCUAUUCUGUUCAUCAGUGGUAUUGGAUUAAUUAUUCUCAAACGUAACGGAGAGCCAUGGUUGUUUCAAUUAUUUGAGUUUACUGUAUGAACUUGUGAUUUUUUUUAUUGCCAGUUCUUGUAGCUGUAAUUAAAGACCUAACGAAUUA